UAAUUCUCCCCUCUACAAGCUGUCUGCCUCCGUCAGUUCAAGGCGUGUGCUUAAAAUAAACAAUAAAUCGUGUAGCAAUGCGCAUAGGAACGAUUCGAGGAAAUGGUUAGUGGUGUAUGCGCAUGCUCUACGCAGACAGAGUCCUCUAGUUUGCAGGCCAAUAGGUGUGUCUGCUGUUCAUUCCCAGACAGCCGAGUAACGCACUGGAGUCGGUGGACAAGUUUAGCCAUCAUGACAUACGCUUUGACCACCGCUGUGACAGUGACUGCUGGGGUGCUUGUAGUCUCCACUGUGGCCUUCCUGGGCUACCUUUACUUUGGCAAAAAGAGGAAGCCGCUGGUUACCUUGGUUGACCCUUCUGAAACAUACAAGCUAAGACUCAUAGACAAAGAGGUCGUUAGCCAUGAUACACGCAAGUUUCGCUUUGCCCUGCCAAGUCCAGAGCACAUCUUGGGCCUGCCUGUAGGGAAACACAUCUAUCUCUCUGCUCGGAUUGAUGGCAGCCUGAUUGUGCGUCCAUACACUCCAGUCUCUAGUGAUGAUGACAAGGGAGUUGUCGAUCUAGUGGUUAAAAUUUACUUUAAGAACAUCAACCCCAAGUUCCCUGAUGGAGGGAAGAUGUCCCAGUACCUGGAGACCCUGAAGCUUGGAGAUGUAAUUGACAUCAGAGGUCCUGGAGGCUUGCUGGAGUACAGAGGUCAUGGGCAGUUUGCAAUACGGGCUGAUAAGAAGUCUGCACCUGAGAUUAAGAAGGCCAUUUCAUUGGGUCUCAUUGCUGGUGGAACAGGCAUCACUCCAAUGCUGCAGCUGAUCCGUGACAUUAUGAAGAACCCUACCGAUACUACCAGGUGCAGCCUGCUGUUUGCCAACCAGACCGAGAAAGACAUUCUGCUGAGGGAUGAGCUUGAAGAGAUCCAGGCAAGACAUCCAAAUAAGUUCAAGCUGUGGUUCACUGUGGAUCGAGCUCCUGCGGACUGGGAAUAUAGUGAGGGCUUCAUCAAUGCUGAAAUGAUCCAGGAGCACCUUCCACCGCCGAGUGAUGACUGUAUUGUCCUUAUGUGCGGCCCACCUCCCAUGAUCCAAUUUGCCUGCAAGCCUAAUCUGGAUAAGCUGGGCUAUCGGCAGAGUCAGUUGUUUGCCUACUAGCCUUUUCCUUCUCCAUAAUGAAUGCUGUAUGAGGAGAAAGAACAAAUGGUGUAGAUCGUUUAAGCAAGUCUGACUGACUCCAAAGUUUAUAGCUUUUAGUUACAAUCGCCAAACCUCUGCAGACGCACAAGUCUCACUUCAGGCUUAAUAGAUCUGGCCUGGAAUUCACAAAGCAUAAACCAUACUUGUGGGAAGCUAUAUUCAAACUUGCUUUUAGACAGAUGCUUUGUGGGAACCAGCCCUGGCAUUUAUAGUGAACUGUUUACAGUUGAAGUGCCACCCUGUUAAGAGAUGGUUAACAAGUACUUUUAAAAAUGACUGUAAAAUGUAAUGUAAAGACAUUUUGUCAGUAUUUAUUUUGCACUGCAUGCAGCUGUCGCUCUAUACUAAAGUGUUCAAUGCUGUGUGCUUUUUGCAAGAUAUAUUGUACUUUAUAAACAUGAAAGGAAAGAGGAUUAUUAAACUGCGACAACUUCAUUACCUGUUGACAUGAAAUGAGGUUUUGCACUUCUCAUACCAAUGCUUGCUUCUCUUUUUAUAAGGAUUAGUGAUUGUGCUGCAAAUUUCUAACAUUUGGUUUUGAGCUAAGAGAGCUCCAUCGUGAGAGAGAAAUUAAAGUUUUUGGAGCCUAUGACCACCCA